AUCACAGCGUCUUGAAAAACAUUGUUAGGGUGCAUCCGUGUGUAGCGUUCUGGGAGUCCUGAGGGCGGGGCGGGGCGGGGACCUGGCGGGUCGCUGAGGUGGGGGUUGGUAGGGGACGCUUCCCGAGGGCGCGCGGAGCGGAGCUGGUGACAGACACGCACGCGCGUGUGCACUCCCAACUACUGCGCGGCCCCGCGACCCCCGUCGGUCGCCAGAGGCCCGGCGUCGGCCCCACAGCCGUCUAGGAUUCCUGUCUAGAGGCGUCCCCGGCGUCCCUAGCCCGAAUCUCCGAGCUCCGGGCCGCGCCCGCUUCGGCCGGCAUCCCAUCCCCUAACCGGUCGUCAGAGACUAUCCCUUAACUCAUCUUUCCGACCCAGAGCCGGGUCCUCGCGGCCCAUGCUGGCCGCUGGGGACCCAGGCAGCCUAGGUCUGUCUCGGGCCGGCCAGCCGGCCACCAUGGUGGCCCUGAGGCCUGUGCAGCUACUCCAGGGGGGCUAAUAGACUCAGAACGCGGGCCUAGGGGUGAGGGAUCCCAGGCCAGUACCCCGCGCCAUGGCCGGAGCCAUCGCUUCCCGCAUGAGCUUCAGCUCACUCAAGAGGAAGCAGCCCAAGACAUUCACGGUGCGGAUCGUCACCAUGGACGCCGAGAUGGAGUUCAACUGCGAGAUGAAAUGGAAAGGGAAGGACCUCUUUGAUUUGGUGUGCCGAACGCUGGGGCUUCGAGAAACCUGGUUCUUUGGACUGCAGUAUACAAUCAAGGACACGGUUGCCUGGCUCAAAAUGGACAAGAAGGUGUUGGAUCAUGAUGUUUCGAAGGAAGAACCAGUUACCUUUCACUUCCUGGCCAAAUUUUAUCCUGAAAAUGCUGAGGAGGAGCUAGUUCAAGAGAUCACGCAACACUUAUUUUUCUUACAGGUGAAGAAGCAGAUUUUGGAUGAGAAGGUCUACUGCCCUCCUGAGGCGUCUGUGCUCUUGGCGUCAUAUGCUGUCCAGGCCAAGUAUGGCGACUAUGACCCCUCAGUGCACAAGCGAGGAUUUUUAGCUCAAGAGGAAUUGCUUCCAAAAAGGGUGAUAAAUCUCUAUCAGAUGACUCCAGAAAUGUGGGAGGAGAGAAUUACUGCCUGGUAUGCGGAGCAUCGGGGCAGAGCCAGGGAUGAAGCUGAAAUGGAGUAUUUGAAGAUAGCUCAGGACUUGGAGAUGUAUGGCGUGAACUACUUUACAAUUCGGAAUAAAAAGGGCACAGAGUUGCUGCUUGGAGUGGACGCUCUCGGGCUUCACAUCUAUGACCCUGAGAACAGGCUGACCCCCAAGAUCUCCUUCCCAUGGAAUGAAAUCCGAAACAUCUCCUACAGCGACAAGGAGUUUACUAUUAAACCACUGGAUAAGAAAAUUGAUGUCUUCAAAUUUAACUCCUCAAAGCUUCGUGUUAAUAAGCUGAUUCUUCAGCUAUGUAUUGGGAACCAUGACCUAUUUAUGAGGAGACGAAAAGCUGACUCUUUAGAAGUUCAGCAGAUGAAAGCCCAGGCCAGGGAAGAGAAGGCUAGAAAGCAGAUGGAACGGCAGCGGCUGGCUCGAGAGAAGCAGAUGAGGGAGGAGGCUGAGCGUACGAGAGACGAAUUAGAGAGAAGGCUCCUGCAGAUGAAAGAAGAAGCAACGAUGGCCAAUGAAGCCCUGAUGCGGUCUGAGGAAACAGCUGACCUGUUGGCUGAAAAGGCUCAGAUCACAGAGGAGGAGGCCAAGCUUCUGGCACAAAAGGCUGCAGAGGCUGAGCAAGAGAUGCAGCGAAUCAAGGCCACAGCCAUUCGGACAGAGGAGGAGAAGCGCCUGAUGGAGCAGAAGGUGCUGGAGGCUGAGGUGCUGGCAUUGAAGAUGGCUGAGGAGUCCGAGAGGAGGGCCAAGGAGGCUGAUCAGUUAAAACAAGACUUACAGGAAGCCCGAGAAGCAGAGCGAAGAGCCAAGCAGAAGCUCUUAGAAAUCGCCACCAAGCCCACAUAUCCACCCAUGAACCCAAUCCCAGCACCACUGCCUCCUGACAUACCGAGCUUCGACAUUAUUGGUGACAGCUUGUCAUUUGACUUCAAGGAUACCGACAUGAAGCGACUUUCCAUGGAGAUAGAAAAAGAAAAAGUGGAGUACAUGGAGAAGAGCAAGCAUCUACAAGAACAGCUCAAUGAACUCAAGACAGAAAUCGAGGCCUUAAAACUCAAAGAAAGGGAGACAGCCUUGGACAUCCUACACAACGAGAACUCAGACAGAGGUGGCACCAGUAGCAAGCAUAAUACCAUUAAAAAGCCUCAAGCCCAAGGCAGAAGACCUAUCUGCAUUUGAGUCCUCAAACUCACUCUGCAGAGCGCCAAGUCCCGAGUGGCCUUCUUUGAAGAACUCUAGCAGGUGACCCGACCACCUCCUGCCACAUCUGCUGUCCCUGUCACCAACAGGAUGGGCCUGACCCCAAAGGAACCAUCAGUAGAGGGCUGGCUUGUCUGAGAAUUCUUGAGUAGAGGGCCCAGUUUCCUUCAUGUUCAGUUGUUUUUGAACUCUGACCCUGUAGAGAUUUCUCAAGGUGUUCUAUUUCUCCUGGCCUGUCUCUCUCUCUCUCUCUCUCUCUCUCUCUCUCUCUCUCUCUCUCUCUCUCUCUCUCUCUCAGAAAUGUUUGUCGUGCAUGGGCCGCCAUCCUUCCUGCACCCUGGACACUGGUGUAAAUGUUGCUGUGGACACUGCUGGCUUUGGAAAGCUGCUGUAGGAGUCCAGUGUGGAGACUGUCUGAAAUCUACUGCGCAGGCACCACCCACUCCCCUGCACAGUAAGGACCUGGCACAGUCUAGAAGCAUGGACUGGCUUAGCUCAGAACCAGAAAUGAUGGCUCCUCAGCCAGGCUCACCUGAGGCAGUGUAGUUGUCUGACUGGCAGGAAACAGGCAGGACAGCUAUAGCUAGAAAGAGGCUUAAGAUAAAAGCUGCUGGGAGACAGGCACCACCAUGGUGGGCCAGGAGCUCCUGGUCACAUUCCCAUGAGUGCCUGGGAACCCAGCUCUGACCAGGACCUCCAUCUCCUACAACUCAGCACAUGCAGCCCCAGAGCCCUGCUAUCCAUCCAUCGUCCUCUUCAGUACCUGUCCUCUUCAGUACCUGGGCCUCGUUGUCUUUGUCUUCCCUGGGGACCCAGCAGUGUCCUUUUUGUCCCUCCUUUCCUGAGCCUGACACACAGGUAUCAGGUCACUCAUAGUAGUCACACAAGCUAACACUAUGGGUUGCCUCCAUACUGGCAGCAAAUGCUUACCAUAUUCCUCACACUCCAUGCUUGGCCCUAUCUUCUAUGUCACUACUGUAGCCAAUCACAACCUACUAAGUCCUGACAGAGCAGGUGGUAUGCCUCAAUCCACGAACAGAUGUAUUAACCGCAGACAACUGAGCUGAGGGGUUGAGCAAUGGAAUGUUCACAGUACAGUUGUUUUUGAGAAACUGAGACACACUACCUUGUUCCCACUGGCUGCUGUUGUUAGGCCACUUUGCCAUAGGCAGCCACUUAAGGGUCACCUCAGCAUCUUUGGGCAUCUGGGAUAGCACUCUAGUCUGGAACCUAAGGCUGAGAAGUCCUCUGGACUUGACACCCCAGUAUUUGCCAAGUCUUCCCUGGCUCUGAAGUUGAGCUGUCUUCUCUGGCCUGAAACUCCUUUCUGACUUCCUUCCUCUCUGGACACUUGACCUAACAAUGGCUGUGAGACACAGGACAGUGAUGCUGGUUUAUAAUAAAAAUUAUGCCAGGCCUUGUUUUUUAAAAUUUAACUGUGCCAGGCAGUGGCCCACGCCUUUAAUCCCAGCACUUGGGAGGCGGAGGCAGGUGGAUUUCUGGGUUCGAGGCCAGCCUGGUCUACAGAGUGAGUUUCAGGUCAGCCAGGACUACACAGAGAAACCCUGUCUCAAAAAAAAAAAAAAGAAAAAAAGAAAAAAAAUUAACUGCGCUUUAUAUCUCAAAUUUGGGAAGCCAAGCUACAUGACCAUGUGGGAGCCCUGGUAUUUGAGGAGUGCUUGGUGUAACCAACCCCCACUCAAGUACCUCCGCUCCCCUCAAGAGAGAGGAUGGGGUCCCCAGAAUGUCUCCAGCCUGCUUUGAGCCUGUAGCUGGGUUCUUUCCAGUAUACUAAAAUUGUCUAGAGACAUCGAAAGUCCAAAGUGAGUUCCAACCCUGGCUAUUUCUAGUUUCAGUGGUUCUUGAAACAUGGGCAGGGGUACCCUGAUACUGAAACAGCAAGUCACUCUCAGUGCAGGACACUGAGGCCUUGCUGUUAACCUGUAGCUGGUCAUAUACCCUGACAAGCAAUUCCUGAGCCACCACAGCACUAUGACCCGAGGUCACUGCCAAGCCUUGCUACACAACACCAGUGGGCUUACAUAACACUACUUCAAUCACUGCUUUAUCAUCUUUUAGACAGGUUUCUCGUGUUCCCGUACUCUCAACAAGCCCAGAGAUUGAGUCAGCAACAGUGACUAACUGUUCUUGCCAAUAGGGCCAGAGCCUCAAAGCCCCUAGUAUAAGCAGCCUUCACAAGGGACCCAGCCUCUCCUAGGUGCUUUGAGGCCCAACCAGCGCCCAUGGGCUUCCAUUCCUCUGUUCUAUUAUCAAACAACUCUUCCUGUGAGGCCCGUCUCACUCCAGUCAGGGCCAGAACAUGAAUCUGUUUUUUGUUUGGGGUUGGGGGUGAUUAUAAUUUAAGUGAUUGUUUUAAUAAAAACUCUAAGCUGCUA